GAAUCUGUUGUUAUAAAUUGAGUAAGAUCUGGGAAUAGAAUUGAAUACGUGUCUUACAGCGUGCGUGGGGCGACCAACGCUUUAAGGAACUACAUUGUCCCGCGCUGCCAGACGUUAAAUGUUACUGACGCCCAGGAGAGCAUGGAAGCUGAAGAGUUGGGUUUGUUAUCAAGACGUGGGAGCCGUGGCGAGUUAAUGGUUCCUCAGCCAUAUUGUCGUAUCUACACACGCAACACCAAAGAGGUGGCUGGUUUUAAUGGGUUGGGCGAGACAUUAAAAAAAUUGGACUUCAUCAAUGCUGUCCACGACAUUAGACGAUUCAGAUACAUAUGCAAGUUGAUGGACCUUCUCAUUACCCAGAAGCUUUCAACUCUAUCAGGUGGAGCACAAAAGAUGCUAUUCGGUAUGUUGGAAGAGGUAGCAUAUGAGGUGACCAGCAGCCAACAGAACGUACAUGUGCUUCAGCAUCUCCUUCAAGAGCUACGAAAAAGAUUAGAGGACUACCUAUGGGGUAACAAACUUGGGUCUGCUAUUUUAUGGGAGCAGCAUUCACGUCGACUUCAGGACAUACAUGCAAUUGCGACCACAAUUAAGAUCCAGCAGCCAGGUGAUGACAUGCAUCCAACACUACAAGAAGUGCCUGAAGAAUGUAUACGAGAAAUUUUGAAAAGACUCGACAACCAUAAUGACAUUAGGGCUGCCGGGGAAGCAUAUAGUCUAAUGGCAAAAGUAAGCGAAGAAAAAAGUAUUUGGCGAUUGCUGUGUCGGUUUCACUGGACACCAGCACAAAUAGAACACGUGAUUCUGAUGCAUAAAGAGUUACAGGUCCAGAAGAAUUGGCGGAAAGUCUACGAUAGACUCAGGAGGACUUACGGACUGCGAGAGGAGUACGCAGAAAAACUUUGCCUCUGUCGCAAUUGUAGCUGCAUGUUCUGGGAAACCUAUGGACAUCCUUGUCGCAAUGACACUGACCCAAGCGCCACUAUUGAAGACCACUUAGAGGAAGUCAAAUCUGAUAGUAUUAUUUACAUUUCUAUAACACCACAGCAAUUUCUUAAAUAUUUUCAUCUGUAGUUUACGUUAGGUGUUGUAAAUAUGUGGUAGAAGUCGGUGAUAUUACUUUUAGUUCGGUUUAUUUAAAAACGUUAUAUCUGGAAGAAUUUGAAGUUUAUAGACUUGAAUGGAAGAAAAUAUACCUUUGAUAAGUUCCGAGA